UUGCUAAGUUUCUCUGAAGAGUUCAAUUUUCAAGUAUAAGGGUUGGCUUCUUAUUUCUGAGCUUUCAUCCCAAAUACAAUUGGCUUUAAUUGAACCCAGACUGUGACUGGACAAAUUAAUAUGGAAUGUAACAUGGGUUCAUCCAUUCUUUGCAAAAGUUGUUUGUUUUCGAGUAUUCUGCUGCUUUUGGUUGCAGAAUCCCACAGCCAAGGAAUUGUCUCAAGAGCAACCUAUUAUAAGUCCUCUGAUGGCUUUGGAACUCCAACUGGAGCUUGUGGAUAUGGAGAAUAUGGGCGUAAAAUCAAUGGUGGUCGAGUUACUGGAGUUUCCAAGCUCUACAGAAAUGGAGCUGGUUGCGGAGCAUGUUAUCAGGUCAAGUGCAAGGUACCACUUUACUGCAGUGAGGAUGGAACAACGGUGGUGGUAACAGAUCAUGGUGAAGGUGCACAUAUUGCAGAUUUUGUCUUGAGCCAAAAUGCUUUUGCAGAAAUGGCACUUCCAGAUAUGGCUUCAAAGCUCUUCUCAUAUGGAGUAAUUGGGGUAGAAUACAAUAGAAUCCCAUGUCUCUAUGAUGCCGAUUUGCUUCUAAAAGUCCACGAGACUAGCAAGUAUCCUGCUUACUUGGCCGUGUUGUUGUUGUUCUUGCCUGGUGCAGAUGAUAUCACUGCAUUCCAAGUCUGGCAGGAGGAAAGCAAUGAAUGGAAACCAAUGCAUAGAGCCUAUGGAGCUGUAUAUGACACAACAAAUCCACCUCUAGGAGCCUUGACCUUGAGGUUCCUAGUGACUGUCUCUGCAGACUACAAUUAUUGGGUGCAACUAGAUAAUGUGCUUCCAACUGACUGGGAAGCUGGACUCACUUAUAACACUGGCAUUUCCUCUUAAUUAAAGCUCAAUGACAUUGAACUCUCUAUGUAAUUAU